AUGGCUAACAACGUGACCGCUACCAGAGAAGCUACAAGGCGUACUCACACUUACAGUUUCCAUCGCGAAGGCUUGAUUCAGUUGGGGCAAUUGGGUGGAUUGAUCACUGGUCAUAAUAAAACUGUGUUCACUGAGAAUUAUGGAAACAUCUUGACUCUUUUGGACUCACACGUCGACGAAUGGGAGAAACCUGAUUUGAACAACAUUGCCAACGCUCUUUAUUUGAGCAUAGAAGACGUUCUUGGGAAUUGGAAGAAGAAUGGUAGCACUCAGGGUUUUUAUAUGAGUUUCUUGGUUGAGAAGGCCCAAGAGUUGGCUAACAAAAAGAUGUGGGAGGCCUUCAACGCCCUUCUGGCCGUUUUGAUUUAUGGGAUCGUGAUGUUCCCUAACAUUCACAAGUUCAUUGAUCUGGCUGCUAUAUGUCUUUUUGUGGAGAAGAAUCCGGUCCCUACUUUGCUAGCUGAUACAUACUAUUCUGUUCACUCUCGAUAUGGGAAAGGAGGAGCCAUAAGAAAUUGUUUGCCGUUGUUAUACACCUGGUUUAAGUCCCACCUACCUACAAGUGGUCCUUUCGUUACUUCUACUCAGAAAUGGCAUCAAAGGAUCAUGGGGCUUACUGGAGAUGACAUUGUCUGGUGUCCUACUGGGAUGGACGUAGAGAAAGUUAUAACUAGCUGUGACAAGCCUUUGGACAAAGAGAUAUUCGAAUCCGUUUGCUUUGAAAAGGGAACCAAUCCAAAGGGUCUAGAAAAGGUGAGGAGUGCUUGGAAUAGCAUCCAUAUAGAUGAUCAGACUUCUCUAGGUGAAAAGAAUGCUGUUGCCAAACAAGCCUACACGGAUUGGGUUGAGGAUAGAGUUAAAGAUCGUCUGUUGCCUUUCCCGAAGGUUAAUCCUUUGUACAAGCAACUGUGA